AUGGCAGGCACCGCCUCCCUCCGCGGAAGAGACUGGAUUCACUUCGGCCUGCGUAUCAUCUUCUGCGCAUCUGCAAUUGCUCUUCUGGCCGUCACAGCACGCCUAGCAGCAGGCUGGGGAGGAGAUAAUGAAGAGCCCCCGAUUGUGCUUCCCAUCGUUCUAGCCACGGCUUCUCUGGCAAUCGUCACAGACAUCCUCGCUCUGUUCUUACUUUUCCGGUAUAUCGGCUUCAUCACAGCGACGGCCAUCCUUGACAUCCUGGUCAUCAUCCUCUGCGCUAUCGGGGCUGUCUCCAUCUCAACAGGGGACUUUGCCUUUUACCUGGGGCUUUACUAUCAUGAUUACCCGUCGGUGUCGGCGCAGGCGGAGAUUAUCGUCUUUGCGUUGAAUAUUCUUGUUGCGGGGCGGUUAGUGGCUGAGGAUGCUAAGGAGGUUCCGGUGCAGGCGCAGGCCUGCUACGAAUAG